UAGAGCGACAUGAUCAAUAGUAUUAAAUGGACUUGUGGAAUUUUUGGUAUUUUGAUCCGAAUUAAUGGCGCAAGUUUGGACGCGCUUAAUUUAAGCUUUUAUAUGGCCAUUUCUUUUCACCGGAAGGUUAACAUAGACGUGAAAUUAUUAGUUUUUUAUUGAGAAAUUUUAUCGUAUACUAGUUUAAUGGCCAUAGGGAUGUUUAUUUGUUUAUGUUAAAAUGGUAUUUAAAUAGACGUUUGAAGUGACAAAAUUAUAAUGACGGUGUAUAUUUAAGAUGCAACGAGGCGCGGCAUACCAAUGGUAAUAGUAUAGUCACGCGCGAGUGAUUUUACAGGUAUAGAGGGGGAAAUUUAUACCCUUCGUACGACAGCUAAUUUACUUAUAUAUCGUAUGAACACAUAAACGACUGGGACAAAAGUAUGUCAUCGUUUGUAAUAAUAAAGUUACGGACUUAAGGCAACAGCAAAAUGUUUAAUGUCAAAUUAAUAUUUGGAAAACAUUAUUUUCGGAAUACUUUAAAUAAUUUUCUUAAGUGACGUACUGUACAAUUCAUAUAUCACAUUUGUUGAUAGGAUAUCAGUUACAGCUGCAAGUCUAAUUCUUGAAAUGAUAGUGUAGUGUUGAAAAAUAAUAGAGGGAUAAAAAUAUGAACGUUUGUACGCUGUUGUUAGCUAUCGUCGCGGUCCAUGUACCGCUAGUUAGUGCAGAAUGCACGGACGCUGGGGUAAUAGUAGUUGCAAGCGUGUUUGCGACCCUCGCGGUCGUCUUCAUCGUGCUCGCCAUCAUCGGAUUCUGGAUCUGGAAGAGGCGGAAAGACAUUCUGAAGCCGGAGAAGUUGAAGUCUGACAGCCCAGACGACAACGAGAGAAAGAAUGGCAGCAAGUUUGGUUACUUCAACCCAGCGUUUGAUGUUGAGAAUGGGGACGGUGACUCAUCCCUGGAUUAUAAAGAUGGAAAGAACACAUUUACAAAUGUACAAGACAGAGAUCUUGCUAAGAAAACAUGGUCCUCGCUUCCGCCCUCAGAUAUGCCAAACGUUCGACAAAGAAAGAGUUCAUUAGGGUCACUGGAUAAAUUUAUGGCUGACUCUAAUACAGAGGAGGUAUGGUUGACCAGCCAGGAUUUUAUUGGUCUUGGGUUCAAUAUAGCCGGUAGUAUGAGGGACGGUAUCUUUGUAAGCCAGGUUCACAACCGUGGUCCGGCUAAAGAGUCCGGAAAAUUUCAAGUCGGGGACAGAAUCAUGAAUGUCGGGAUUUCCUUUGAAAAUAUGGUGUACGAGGACGCCCUUACAAUUCUUAGUUAUGCUUCCCCAUAUCCGGUCAGAGUGACGCUGCAAAAACAGCAGACAAUGCCGAAAAACCGGAAGUUAAGUGACGUCAGAACAAACUUAAAUCAUCCCUUAUAUAGAAGUCAGUCUGUAGAGGUCCUAGGCGCACACAUUAACGAGACACCAUUUUAUCCGAAACGGGCAGCCAGUGAAAUGCGUUACUGUCCGAAGAAUCAGGCUUAUAGUAAGGAAAGGAACGCAAGUUUCAACGAAAAUAUUAUAACUGAAGAAUUAGGGAACGGUUCAAUACAACUUGACAAUGAGGUUUUUGAAGUAACAGCACCAAAGACCAGUGUUGUUGUACACAGUGAAAUCACUAAUAAAGGAGUGCCUGACGAAAAUACGUCAGUAGGUGCGAACAAUAUCACAACUAAUUUAGGUUUUGACAACUCUACUAGUGAAAACAAACCAUUUAAUUCCGACGAUGAAUUACCAAAACAACAGUUUAUAGACCCUUUUGAAACAUUAACAGAACAAGAUAAACUUGACAUGUUGCGACUCAGUUACACUGAUCCUGAUGCCGCUAUUGACGUGGAAAAGCAACAAAAAUCUGCAGAUGCUAGCAUUGAUCUUAGAAGUGUACCACUCAAACCAGAGCGGAAGAAAAAGAGAAGUUCCACAAAUAGCACCCCUCUCCAUAGCGACAGUGAGGUUCAAGGUAGCUCACCAUCAUCGCCAGUUCAAAAUUUAAAUGAUGAUGAUAAUGUGUUUAGUUCAUCAUUACUUCCGCCGUCUGAAGCCCCACCUCCAAUCCCGGAAAUUGACAUGGAAGAGUUAUCUCCCUCCAAGGCGAACAUCGCUGAAGUGCCGCCUCUGAUUACAGUACACGAUAACGAGGCCGAGGAAAAUUUCAUUCUCCCAGAGACAAGAGCGCGGAAUAUUGCAAUUGGCAGUAAUUCUAUUGAGUUUCAUCAAAGAACUGAAACAGUUGAAGAUAUCUCUAUCAAGGAUGAUGAUUCUGUCGAAGAUUCAUCUGAAUUCAAAAAUCAAAACAGAAAUAAAACAGAUGCCAGUAUACCAGACGAUGAUUCCAGCCAGGUCGUAGAAGAAAAUUUCACAGCUACGCAAAUUCAAAAGGAUAAGAGUGUUCCUUUAAGAUCGAACAUAUUUGCACAAAAUGAAAAGAUUGAUACAUUAGCAAAUGCUUCUGUAACAACUACGAAAAAUGUCAGUGACGACAUACCUAAAUCAGAGGCGGAUGAUGAUAACACCGAGUUGCCAAAUCACCUACAUCAAGAAGCUGACACUGAUAAAAGUUUCACAGAGUUAGAUGGACUUCUUUCGCUUGAUAAAGAGUCUGUAAUUUUCAAAGAAUCCUUUCCAAGUAAAAAUGCUAAGGAAAAAGAAAAUAGUUAUGCUUAUGAUAUUUCUGUGACUGAACUUGAGGCCAUGGAAAGAACGGCUAUUGAGGAAGAACGCAAAAAACAAGGAUCGCCAAACAAAAAAGGGGGUAUAGCUUUUGAAGUAAGAGACGAUUUUGUUACUGGUGAAUUAAGAACUGUGAAUCAUUUAAAUAUUCAUAAAACAAGAUCAUAUGAUACAAGUUUAAGUGAUGACAGAAAUAUAACAAGAGAUAUUUCUCCACAACGACCUACCUCAUUUAAAGGUAAUGAUAAGAUACGGAAUGAAAAUGAUGAUAGUUUCUUUGAAUGGUCAGGAAAACGGCUAGUUAGAUCAGGUUCUUUUACUGAAAUACCUCAAGGCGAUACAGACAAAGAAUGGACUGAUGAAAAACAUCUUGUAGAGGACGAUGCUUUGAUAGAAAAGCAUAUCCAUGAAGACUCUAUGUCUUCGAGUUUAAAGAAACUAACUAAAGCUACGUUUGUCACCUCUAAUCGGACUAUAGAAAACGCAGAGGAAAAUGAACAAUUAUCGGAUUCAGACUCGCAAUGUAGGUCAUUAUCAAGUUCUUUUUCAAGCAGAGACAGUCCACCACCUGGCGAAAGCAUGGGAGGAAUGACAAAUAUCAAAGAUAGCAAUAAUCAGGGUCGAGAUGCGUCACCCGAGGGUCGGGAUUUGUCACCUGACACCUCAAAACACACAAAUACACCCUUAAUCAACAUGAACUCAGAUGUACAAGAUGGGUUAUCAACAGGUAACGAUCAGACAAUUAUAGUAAAGAUACAUACAAUGGGUGAUUCAGAGGAGGAAUGUUAAACUUUUGACUUGAUGACAAAAAUGGUGAUCAAAGUCAUGUUCAAAAGUGUUCAUAUGUUAUUUUUAUUUCAAAUGUAAUGGUUACAGUGCAUCAGGAAAACAACAUGUUCUAAUUCUUCAGGCUUACCUUUACACUCAUUUAUUAUCUAUGUUUAUUAACUUAAUGGAUUUAUUAACAUGUAACGUUACGUUUUUUUUUCUUAAACGUUUUGUUUUAAUACUAUUUUCAACACAAUCUUUAAUUUAUACUCAAGCUAUUUUUUUUUAAUCAUUUUUAAUCCACAAAUUUAUUUUCUAGUGUUAAUGUGCAUGUGCGUUAUGUUGUUUAUUGUUUAUUUGUUUUACUGACCUCAGUUUUAAUGUUAUAUAUAGUUUAAAGUGAGUUUACAGCAUAAUUAUCUAAAUGAAAAAUAAAAUUUCGUUUAAAUUGUUUUGUUUUUUAACGUAUGGUUGUUAAAAUAGACUAAAGCAAUUUUAAAUUAAGAUGAUUCCUAUGUUGAAGUUCAGUAAAAUUUAAACAUCAUUAUUUCUUUUAAUUCAAAUUUAUUUGAUGAAAAAUAAUAAAAUGAGCCGUGUCAUGACAAGACCAACAUAAUGGGUUUGCGACUAGCAUGGAUCCAGACCAGCCUGCGCAUCCGCGCAGUCUGAUCAGGAUCCAUGCUGUUCGCUUAUCAACUCUAUUACAAGUGGAGAAACUGACAGCGAACAGCAUGGAUCCUGAUCAGACUGCGCAGAUGCGCAGGCUGGUCUGGAUCCAUGCUGGUCGCAAACCCACUAUGUUGGUUUUGUCGUGACACGGCUCAAAUGUCAAAGGAAGUGGUAUAUAGGGAGUAAUGUAGAUAAUACGAGAAUACAUGCCACUAAGUACUACAUGUAUAUUUCAGUAUUUUGUUAAGAAGUAUGAAAAUCUUGGGAAAAAGUGAUCCCUCGGAAGCAUUUGAUAACCACAACAAAUUUGCAUGCAUACUCGGUUUGAUUGAGGCUGUAUAUGAGGGAUAAUGAAAACGUGCAACAUCUCUCACGUCCCCUAGCACUAAUAUUGAUUCAGUAUUGGUCGUAUCUAUAAACAAAAAUGUUGCCCAGAUGAUAAGAAUCAAUGCAAUUAACAAAUAUUUAUACAGUUGCAUCAUAAAUAUAUUAUAAAUUCAAUGGUAUUAUGUUCUAAUGAUACUGUUGAUUAUCAUGAUUAUUUUGUUACUGUUUAACUGGUUCAUUUUUAUUGCCAAAAACUAUUAUCAUUCUUAUAACAACAACCAACGCCCUUCCUUUUUUCUUCAAAAGCCUUACUGUUAAAGUAAUAUUAAAGUAACUAUUACUAACUAUAUCAAACAUAGAAAUCACAAGCGUGUGUCAUACAUGUAUAUUUACAUUGUAUUACGAUUUUUAUGCAUAUGGGUCUGUAUUUUAUUACUACAUGGGUCUGUAUUUUAUUACUACAUUUUUAUAUAUUGUUUUGCACUCUUUUAUUAUGAUAUUAAAUACUUCACUUACGUUUUGUGUUUUUUUUGCAAUAAAUUGUUAUGUUUGAUCAAUGUAAAAUACCGGCUUCCUCACGAUUGUCAGGGGAAUUACAGCGUUCGUCGGCGUUAUUUCCUAGCAGCAUUUCAGAAUCAUAUACAUGUGCUACAUAUGAUAACAUUGUUGAUAUAUUUAGUGAUGUUUAUAUAUAUAUUAUCGUUUUUUAUUGUGGAUAAUGUGACUAAGUAAUAUAUUAUUAUGGAUUUACAAUAAAAAAUAAAAUUAUA